AUGGGUCAGGAAAAGUUUUACAAAAGCAUGGCGGGUGGUGCCUGUGGUGCCGGUGGUUCUAAUUCCAAUUUGUCUGUUUUACUGCAAAGCCAAAGAGGCCUUUCUACUGCUUCCCAGCCUCUUGAAGCUUUUUUCUUUCUGGCUCCUCUCCCUCUUUUCUUGGUAUUCUUUCUAAUUCUCCCUAUCUGUUCACGAUCCAUGAUGAGUUUUGAAGAUGUUCAUCAAGCAAACGGAUCAAGUAGACCAUUUUUCCGCUCAUUCGAUCACGAAGACAAUGGAGACGAUGAUUUGGAUGAAUAUUUUCAUCAACCUGAGAAGAAGAGGAGACUUACUGUUGAUCAAGUUCAGUUUCUGGAAAAGAGUUUUGAGGUCGAGAACAAGCUUGAACCGGAAAGGAAAAUCCAACUUGCAAAGGAUCUUGGCCUGCAGCCUCGGCAGGUUGCCAUAUGGUUUCAAAACCGCCGAGCUAGAUGGAAGACAAAACAGCUGGAAAAAGAUUAUGAUGUUCUGCAAUCUAGCUACAAUAGCCUUAAGGCUGACUAUGACAAGGUCCUCAAGGAGAAGGAGAAACUAAAAGCUGAGGUUAAUCUUCUCACCGACAAAUUGCUUCUCCAAGAGACUGAGAAGGGAAGCUCAGAAUUGUCUGAUAAAGAUGCAUUAUCGCAAGAGCCACCUAAAAAGGCAGUAGCUGAUUCAGCUUCCGAUGGUGAAGUGUCGAAAAUUUCAACUGUGGCCUGUAAGCAGGAUGAUAUUAGCUCAGCCAAAAGUGACAUAUUUGAUUCGGACAGCCCACAUUAUGCUGAUGGGGUGCAUUCUUCACUCUUAGAGGCUGGUGAUUCUUCAUAUGUUUUCGAACCAGACCAAUCAGAUUUAUCACAAGAUGAAGAAGAUAACUUGGGCAAAAGCCUAUUGCCUCCAUAUGUCUUUCCAAAGCUUGAAGAUGAUGAUUACUCUGACCCACCUGCAAGUUUUGAAGAUCAUGCCUUUUGGUGCUGGUCAUACUAA